UUUCGAUAUCUCUGUUAUUUCUUAUUAUGUAUACCUUUGAUUAUACUUCCGCUUGCGUUGUUAAGUAUUAUUAGCGCAUAUCGUGAUGGACAAGUCAACAGUUCUUUAAGUUCUCUUCUCAACAAACUGAGGUCAGUUUGACAUUUCCAGUUUUCAUAAUGGGCAACUGUUUUUCUCGUGCUAAUGUCGGUCCCAGAGAACAAAACAAGAACACUGGCAAACCAGGCAGUAAUGAAUCUGAUGAGCCCGCAGGAUAUGUGGGUAGAAGCAUCAACUCAGUAAAUAUCGACCCAAACGCGGUUAGUAGCCUGAAAGGAAUUUCACCUAACGAGGAGACUAGACGCACUGGCUCGGCAAAUAGAACGUCCAGGCCAACAAGCUCGUCAGAGAUGCACAUAACAAUAGAUGAGGGCAAAAACGAGAUCACUACUGUACCGAAUAAAUUAUUGAAAAACAAGAAAAAGAAAGGUAAAAGGCCAGAAUCGGAAAUAUGUCAAUGCAGGACGCAAAUAGCAGAUCUACAUUCAACAGUUCAAAGACUUACGGAAGAAAACCAGUCACUAUUGAAUAGACUGAGUGCAGCACUUGGAGCAAAAAUGUCAGACAACAACCCCGACAUCACCGAUCUUAGCGAUCCAAAUAGACCAACAAAGCUUGCCGAAAUGUUUUCGGAACUCUACGACAAUGAAUGGACAGAAGCAUACGAUGUACUUACCGAGAAGGACACACAAGAAAAACAAGAUGCAUGCAAGAACUUGUUAAAGAUAUUUGUGGAUAUUUAUGUUCAAUGUAGACAAAAGGCUGACGCUGAUUUGAACGAGUUAAACACAGUUUUGAAACUAUUCCAGAUGCCUGAGCCAUCUACCCAACUUGUCAAACAGAUGAAAGACAAUCGUAAGAAGCAUUAUGAAACUGCAGUUAAAGAAUUCAGAAAGGAGCUACGACCAACUAUCAAGAAACAAUUUGAAACAAAAGAACAAAGAAAAUGUCUCAAACCGUUCUUUGAAAAAUGCAUAACAAUCUGCUGGUUGAUGGCUGUUCAAGACCCGCCUGUGUACGUAGAUAAGAACAUCGAUAAAAGAGGGGAGAUUCUUGACACCAGCAUAUAUAGGAUUUAUACUAUAUCCGGGAAAACCAUUGAUUACAUUGUUUGGCCUGUGUUGUACCUUACUGAAGGUGGAAACAUUUUGGUGAAAGGAGUUGCACAAGGACAGACAGAGAUGGUGAGUGAAAACGAACACAUGACGUCAGCGCAGACGACGGUACUAACAGAAACUCAAACGGAUGUAACAUCAACGAAGUUAUGAAAUACGUCGAAGAAGCUACACAUUUAUAACAUGCAAUGCACAAGCACUGUCAAAAUAAGGAGCCACUCGCUACAAGUAAUAGAGGUGAUACCUAAAUGAUUAUGGCGAAGGAACAUGUCAUCGAAACAUGCCUUGAAGCCGAAGGGAAGAUGUCACAAAUAACAUAAAAAAGAAGCAAAAUUACAAUUUAUCCUGGAAUAUCAACAAAAACAGGCAUUAAAUGGAUAUCAAACAUUAAAAUGCAAGAUUAUCCAGUCAGUGACAAAGAAUCGUUGUCUUCGAACACACCAGGUGACUAAAUUGUUAAAGUAAAGGAAUCCAAUUCUCCAGAGCUCAUUCCUAUAACCUCCAGUCAAACACCAGUCAAGAAAUCGAAAUACGUAAACGGAGGAUGACAAUAAGGCAAACAGCUUAUCUACAAACGGAAAGCCAAAGCAAAACAAAAAUUAGAAACCAAAGCAAAAGAAAACAUGAUAAACAUUUUGAAAAAAUAGAUAUUAAAGUGGGUUAAUCUUUUAGCUUUCACCAAUCAUUUAAUACUUUUGCGCUUCAUGCUAUUGAAUACACGAUUACAAUCAUGUUAUCAGUUAUCAAUUAUUUAGUGCGUAGUUAAAAGGUUUAUCAGUCAAAAUUGAUGUUUGUUAUACAUGUGUAUAUAUUGAUUUUGAAUAAGAGUGUCACUUUAAAACCUUUGUUUUUGA